CUGAUGUGUAAGAGGACAGGGGUCCAGCUCCACAUGCACUGUUCCUGCCCUAUAUAAGACCUUUUCCUCUGCUGUCCGACCUCGAACAUUCAGAGCAGUAUCACUCAGAGCUUAACCAUGAAAUUCGUGGCUCUUGCACUGACCAUCCUCUUGGCUGUGGGUUCCCAGGCCCGUUUCCUGCAGGCUGAUGCUCCCUCCCAGCUGGAGCACUACAAGGCAGCAGCCUUGGUGUACCUGACCCAGGUCCAGGAGCAGGCUCAGAAGGCCCUCGAAGGCUUGGACGGAACUGAAUAUCAGCAAUACAAGGUACAACUUUCAGAGAGCCUGACUAAGCUCCAAGAAUAUGCCCAGUCUACUUCCCAGAGUCUGACUCCCUACGCUGAGACCAUCUCCAGCCAGUUCCUGGAGAACACCAAGCAGCUGCGUGAACGUGUCAUGACUGACGUCGAGGACCUCCGUUCCAAGCUGGAGCCUCACCGCGCUGAGAUGUACGAGGUUCUGCAGAAGCACUUUGCCGAGUACCGUGAAAAGCUGGAGCCCGUCUUCCAGGAGUAUGCCAAACUGAAUCGCGAAAAUGCUGAGAAGCUGCGUACCAAGCUGCAGCCCCUGUUGGAUGAGAUGAGGCAGAAAGUCGAGACCAACGUUGAGGAGACCAAGUCUAAGCUUGUGCCGAUGGUUGAGGCUGUACGCACUAAGCUGACUGAGCGACUGGAGGAGCUGAGAACCAUGGCCGCCCCCUAUGCUGAGGAAUACAAGGAACAGCUGGUGAAGGCUGUCGAGGAGGCCAGAGAGAAGCUCGCCCCACACACCCAGGACCUCCAAGAGCGCAUGGAGCCCUACAUGGAGAAUGUGAGGGCCAGGUUUGCACAGGUGUAUGAAACCAUCUCCAAGGCCAUCCAGGCAUAAAAAUGUACAAGGACUUUGCACACUCAGAUCCUUAGACAACAGCAUAAAAACAGAUAUUCCUGUGUUUGGUGAUAGGAGUGUUGAUGCAAGGGUUGUGUUAUGAAUGUUUAUGAUGUUCAAGUUAAAUAAUUUUUGAUGUAAUGCAAAAAAAUAAAAUAAAAAAUGCAAACAAAUAAAAUGCAAAAAUAAA